UGACAAAACAAACUCGUGGACGGCGAUGACAGACGGGGAGCGCCAGAAGCAACAGACAUGGGUACCCUGAGGUGCUGUAAGCAACUAUCAGCAGCACUCACAAAGACCGUCUUGCAGGAAAAUGCGGGAUUUGCUAGAACAGCCCGUUGGAUUCCCAGAGCUCGACAUAACGCGCAACACCGCAGUCGGAGUUUCGCAGCAAGUUUCGCGUCGUGCCGGGCUUGGCGUCACCGCUCUGCCCGGCACUUCGGCGCAAGAAGAUGCUAUUCCGAGCUGUCUGACUGCCGCGACUCACCGAGGAGCACCGACGAGCUUCCAGAGGGAAUUAUAGACGAGACGGAGACCGACAGCAGCGAAACAAGCCAAAGUCAAAAAUCCCUGGAGGGUUUCACUCUCGACGUGCUGGUGUCUCUACUACGUCAAGAAAAUGCAGUGGACAUCUGUGUUAUCAAGGUCUCAGAGCAGCUGAAAUACGCCAAUUACUUUAUCGUUGUCAGUGGCGUUUCACCCAGACACCUUCGUGCAAUGGCGUUUUAUGCCGUCAAAGUGUACAAAUAUCUGAAGACGAAUGAGGACGUACAUAUCAAGAUGGAGGGGGAAGCUACCGAAGAUUGGAUGUGCAUUGACUUUGGAAAGAUGGUGGUUCACUUCAUGCUACCAGAGACCAGAGAGAAGUACGAACUGGAGAAACUGUGGACCCUUCGCUCUUACGAUGAGCAGUUGAAGAGUAUCCCACCUGAGGUUUUACCGGAAGACUUCUUUUAUGGUUUGGAAGUCACUAAAUGAUGACAAAGGGCAAAUUGUAUUGCAAAGACUAAAACACCCGUCGGCGAUGGGGUGCAUCCUUUUCCCAAAGUCGUGACAUUGUCGGCCAUGAGAUGAACGUUUGGAUUGAAAAUAAAAGCUGUUAGAGAUGUAUGAGACUAAUUUAGAUUUGAUAAGUAUUACAUGUAAAUGCGUUAACUGUCCACUGUGACCGGGACUGUUUUUGUCAAUACGUGACAGCAUGCUGAAUAUGGGGAAGUGAAUAACCUAGUUGGAUUUUUAUUGUAUAAUUGAUUAAGUUUAAUAAAUCUAGCAUGCAUAGAGUGAAUUAGAUUGCUUAUUUCUAACAUGCAAGUCAUCUCAUCGGCAUUAUCUUCUGACAUUGCAACUCCUUUCUUUUCAUCAUACUUAGCCAGUAGGUGGCAUCAGAUGUUAUCAGGUAAAUAAUAAUUUGUUGCCCAGGGACUGCUGGGAUAGGCUCCAGCAUCCCCGUGACCCUGAGUUUGGAUAAUGGAUGAAUGAAUCAUUUGUUGCAUUUUUCAAAUAUUGCUGAGGAAUAUCUAAUCCACUGAAAACAUUUUUUGUUUGUUUGUUUUUUUUGGAAAAAUAAUGUUCCAUAGCUUUGCGUUCAAGCUUAAAUGCCUCAUUGUCCUCAAACAAAAUCUGUGAUGGAAGUAAGAUGACAGGAUUAUUUCUGGAUUUCUCUAAAACAGCCAUGUGAAUAGCCUGAGGUUUGUGUUGGGUACUGGCAAGCAAUGAUGGAUUGAGAGUCCAUCCAUCCAUCCAUACAUCCAUACAUCCAUCCAUUAUCUGAACUGCUUAUCCUGCUCUCAGGGUUGUGGGGAUCCUGGAGCCUAUCCCAGCAGUCACUGGCCGGCAGGUGGGGGGACACCCUGGAUAGGCCGCCAGGCCAUCACGGGGCCCACACACAUACACAUUCACAUCUAGGGACAAUUUAGUGCAAUAAAGUAAUUUUAAAUAAAAUAAUUGAAAUAGCAACAUAAAAAUAAAAAUAAAAUUAAACAAUAAUAAAUAAAUAAUAACAAUAAAAAGAAUUCAGAUUUUUAAUAAAAUAAUUUUCCAAAUAUAAUAUAAAUCCAAAUAUAUAUUUGGAUUGAGAGUAUUGGGAGAAAAUUAAAUUACCUGAAGAACAUUAAUCCGAAAUACUUAAUUUUCCUUCAGGAGGGGUCGGUAGUGUUGGACACACUGAGGAUGACCUCAGCUUGGCACACAGGAAGUUUCACCUUUUGUUAAUAACGUCAGACCUUGUAGUCUUAAUCCAGAAACUGUCAUUUCACCGCCAGACAACUGAAUGAAUGAACCACUAACAGACAGAAGCCUUAAAUUACAAGCCGGGUUCCCACACAUUGUAGAAAAUCUUAAAAUGUAUAAACUAGUUUUCCAAUCAUGGAAAACACACCUGGAAAGUGAUCAAAUUUAUCCCAUUUUUCCUGGAAAUAUUAUUAAUGUCGUGAAAAAUUGUAAAGUUAACUUACAAAAUUGUGUGUAAGUUUGGGCAAUAGGUUCAGCAAACAGCUAAGACACCCAGUCCAUUUUCGAGACUGUUGAGCUCUCCACGGAUGGUUAAUGCGAGGGUCUAAGGACAUGAUAUUGUGUUACUGUACUGGGCUAUACAAAUAAAAUUGA